GAAAAUCUGGCAACAUUGAACCCAACACGUGCAUUAACAACUCUUGAACACACAACGCACGAAAAACUUUUUCAAUGGUUAAGGUAAAAAUUGAACGUUCUGAUGAUGCCGAUAUCACCGUCCAGGCUAGCGGCGAUGUUACCAUUAAGGAGGAGGAAUCCUAUGACGACAAGCUGCUAUUUGUCAAUGCCAUUGCGAAGCCUAUGGCAGGUAAAAAGUUGGCCAAAAAGUGCUAUAAAUUGAUAAAGAAGGCCAUGAAACACAAAACCUUUCUGCGUAAUGGCCUUAAGGAUGUUCAGACGCGCCUGAGAAAAGGAGAAACUGGACUCUGCAUAUUUGCUGGUGAUGUUACGCCGGUGGACAUAAUGUGUCAUUUGCCUGCCGUUUGCGAGGAAAAGGGUAUUCCCUAUGCCUAUACGCCAAGUCGAGCAUCAUUGGGCGCUGCCAUGGGCGUCAAGCGGGGCACUGUGGCCUUGUUAGUGCGCCAGAACGAGGAAUACAAGGAUCUUUAUGAUGAGGUCAAAGAGGAGCUUGCAAACUUAGUUGUUCCUGUUUAGGCAACAUUUUUAGAUAGCACAUUUAAGCGUAAAGUUAAGAUUUUCCAUUUUAAUAACCAAAUAAACUAAUCAAAAUUAA